AAGAGUGACAAGUCACGUUACCGACUGCCUAGCGUGCAGACCACAGAAAUCAGGAUUUGAAAUGAUCUAAAAUCUUAGAAAACAUUUUUUGGGGAUGAAGCGGUAAAGAGAAGAGUUGAAAGGUUGCGUCGAGCUUUCACGUCCUGACGAGACGCGCGCAUUCCAGAACAACAUCCGCGAGUUUUUUCUCUCUCUCUCAAACCGUCACAUCACAAUGAAAGUGAUGUGUUCCGUUUGACAAUUUAAUGGCAAGUGGGGUCAUUUAGUUAAAAAAAAAGAAGAGAAACACGUUUUAACAGUGAACAACUAGACUGACUACUUUAAUUGAAAGACGAGAUGGAGCGACCGCAUCUCUCCAAAUCAGAGCGCAAGAAUAUGGAUACUUGCUUGAGACGAUUGAAGCAGGAAUUGCUGUCUAUGAAGGAGGCAGGUGAUGGCCUCCAUGCACAGAUGAACUCCAUGAUGGGGGCUCUUCAGGAACUCAAGCUCCUCCAGGUCCAGACAGCGUUAGAGCAGCUAGACGUCUCAGGCCGGCCUGUCCCAGCAGCCCCAGCCCCCCCGGCUCCCCAGCCCCCUCCCCCAGCAGCAGCACCCAUCUCCGGCCUCCUCCCCAGCCUCCAGACCCCCAGCCCCCGGCCUCCUCUGGUCCGGACCACAAGCAGAGAGUCCCAGUCCCAGAGCCAGUGGCAGAGCUGGGCUGACCAACACAGGAGCAGUUUGGACACCUCUCCCUCCUCCUCCAGCCUGGAGAGUGAGACCCUGAGCCUCCCCAACCCCAACCUCCACCUCGACCUCCACCCCCAGCCCAGGCCUCUCCCCAGGAGGGUGUCAGGCUACACCGCCCCCCAGGUGGACUUCUGCGGCCCCCGGCUCAGCCCCCCUCCCCCGGCCCCCGCCCAGGCCCCCCCCCAGCCCCUGGACCUCCCAGGUAUCCUGUACAGUCUCUCCAGAGAGGGCCCCUCCCUGGACAACGACUUCUCCCAGGACAGCAUGGACGAUUCCAGCGACUGGACCUCCUCGCUCAUGAGCCGCUGUCGCAACCGUCAGCCCCUGGUCCUGGGGGACAACGUGUUCGCAGACCUGGUGGGGAACUGGCUGGACCUUCCCGAGCUGGAGAGGGAGGGCCGGGGGGAGGGAGGGGAGGCGGGUGGGCGGGGCUCCGACAGGCCUGACUCCCCCGCCCACCCUCUCCGUCUGAGCCGCUCGCAGGAGAUCUGCAGGAAGUUCUCCCUCACCACCAACAUCUUCAAGAAGUUCCUGCGGGGGGUGCGUCCGGACCGGGACAAGCUGCUGAAGGAGCGUCCAGGCUGGGCGGCGGCCCCGGAGACAGGGCCCGAGGGCGGGCUCUCCAAGAGGCCCAGGAAGGCCCCGGCCUCCAAGGCCAGAGGCAGCUUCUACCUGCCCUUCUGGGCAGCGGGGGCCCCUCAGGGGAAGGGUCGGCCGGGGAUGCCUGCCCUCGCGGAGCCAGGGAACCCCAGGCCCCUGUUCUCUGGGAUCCUCCUAGACCGGAGGCUGACUGAGGGCAGAGUGGAGAGGACACAGCCCUUGUUUGACUAUAACACGGCAGUGUGGGUCUGACAGGCCUCCUCAUCCUCUCCAUCCUCCUCCUCCUCUCCUCCUCUUGUCCCCUUCCUCCUCCUCCUCCUCCUCCAUGAACACUGCCAGCCUGGAGACAGGUGCUGCGGAUUUGAACAGAGCUCAGUGUGUGUGUGUGUGUGUGUGUGUGUGUGUGUGUAUCAGACUAUGAACUGCGAGAUGAACAGAGCAGCCAGACUUUUUCCCGGCACGGGGGAGGGGGGUGGGGAUUAUCAGGGCGACUAUUUGUUCGACAAUCCUGAAGAUCUGUCUGUGAGAAAGAGACAGAGAGGGAGAGGGAGAGAGAGACAGAGAGAGGGAGAGGGAGAGGGAGAGACUUCUCCAGACGGCUCUGCCUCAGCGACCUGCGAUCUUUCUCUCUCUCAACGUCACGUGCCCUGGACUACACGACAGAUGGUACCUCCAUACGGACUCACGCACAACCACAGAUUCUCCUCCGACUGAGGUGUCAUAAGUUUGUUUAUUUUUAAACGUUAUGGGAUUAUUAUAGACAUUUGUUGUCUAUAAUAAUGUUGUUAAUGAUGUUUCUGGUGUGUAUUCUGCACUGUCGUACGGACCACAGUGAGUGUUCUUACUCUAGUGAUGAACAGAGCUGGUCAACUGCAUGGACACAAACCCUUUCUACUACUACCUUCACAAAAACAGUUGUCACUGAACUGACACAAAUAAUAGUUACUGUAUGCUGUUUAAUCAGCCACAUAGUAAAUUCACAUAUACAAGGAUUUACUCUGUUGAUGUCCGGGGUUUAGCUCGCGGGUUAACGCAUCUUGGGAACGUGGGUUGGAUCCUGUGGUCUGUACAGGCUGCUAACAUCAUUCCAUCGCCUCGCUCAGGAAAUGUCCGGUUCUUGGUCACCAUCACAGACAAAAAACUGCCAGGAGACAAAAUAAAAAAAAGAUAAACACACUGUAUUUUAUGUAUGUUAUGUUAUCUAAUGCGGUUUAAUUAAUUUUUACUGUUAUCUUUUCGAGGGCGAUGUGUGUGUUUCUUUGUGGGAGGGUGAGGACAGGGAAGGGGCAGGGGUACCGCUAAGAAUUUUGGUCCCUGCGAAGGCCAUAACCCAUGGUAGUUAGUCCUACUUCCCCCCCCCACACUUUACUGCCCCUGCAAAGGGGUAAGUCCCCCCCAUGGAGACUCAUGGUGGUGCUGUUUAAGACAAACCACCGCUAACCUGCGUAAUCAGGUCACACCCACGGGUACAUGAUGGCCCUCAGGAUCCACAGGUUCACAUACAGAACUGAGAAGAAAAUUGAGGUUCACACUUGAAAUACGAUGAUGUCAGCCAAGUUGAGCAGCAAUAACAAAAGCAAAAACCAACAUCUUCAGGAGCUAACUGACGUCUCUUUUAUUUAUUUUUAUCAAUUAAUUUACUGAAACCAAAAUUUACAAAAUAAAAAAUGAAUAAAACGUACUUUCUAGCCAUAACAGUUAAAUUGAGUAUCUUUAAUUUGAAUCUGUUGUCAGACUAAUCGGGGGCCGAUUGGAUUAUGGAGAUAUCUCUCCUGGUGUUUGGGGGACGGUUACUUCAUUAAAACGAGCCAGAGAAGGUCAAAGGUCAACUCAGUGGAUCUGAGUCUGGUCCUCUAGAGUUUGACAAAAAGGAAUAUGUGAAAAAUGACAGGCUGGUCCAGAACCUGCCUAACGAUUCCAACAGUCUCCUGCAACAAGCUACUUCUUGAGGGAGAAUCAAGUAUAUAACCUGGUCUGACAAAUACAGCAUCACUUCACUAUUUCUGUACUUCUGAGGGAAUUUUUUUUUAAAUUAAAAUAAAAACAUGUUGUACAGAUGUUACAAAACUACCAAAUAAAAAAUAAAACCUUGUUAUGCAAGUACAAUCUUCUGCUCUCUCUAACUAGAGAUACCUAUCAGGAAGUUGAAUUAAUGUGAGACAACAAGUCGGUUGAUCCAUGCAGGGAUCAGGAGAACUGGCUGGCUUCACCCUCCAGCCUGCCUGGCCAUCUGGUGCUGCAUAUUCAGGUCACAUCAGAUCCAGGGAGGGGAGAUGGCCUGUCACACACACCCUGACAGGACUUUGUAGAUUUGAGUUUACUUUUUACUUUGUUUUGUUUGGGUUUCUGUGACUCUUAAGUGGAAUUCUAGCAGGUUUUGUUGUUUUGUUGGUUCUGCGAACCACCGUGGUUUUGAGUUUGUCUACGUGCACCGUAAAUCUGUGACAGAUUCUGUACGUUAAUAAUAAAUAAAUAAAUAA